AUGCCCUCGUCCAGCACCAUGAAAGUGAAUUUAAUGUUGAAAAGAGGGCUAGCUACUGCAACGGCAAGUGCCAGUUCCAUCCCUCCCAAGAUUAAAGUCGGAGUACUACUGUCAAGAAUCCCUAUAAUUAAAUCAGAAUUAAAUGAGUUAGAGAAGAAUUAUUAUGAGUACCAAUCAGAACUAGAAAAGAGGUUGAUGUGGACGUUUCCAGCAUAUUUUUACUUUAAGAAGGGUACUGUAGCGGAACAUAAAUUUUUGUCCCAGCAGAAGGGACCCAUCUCCAAAAAAAAUGGUAUAUGGUUUCCUAAAGGUAUACCGGACAUUAAACAUGGUAGAGAAAGAAGUACCAAACAAGAAGUUGAAUUACCUAAUGAUAACACAGCAGCAUUUGCCAACGAUAAAAAGGAGCAAAGCAAAGACGAUGUUAAUAGGCCCGUAAUCCCCAACGACAGAAUAACAGAUGCCGAUAGAUCAAAUGAUAUGAAGAGCCUUGAAAGACAAUUAAGCAGGACUUUAUAUCUUCUAGUUAAAGAUAAAAGCGGUAUUUGGAAAUUCCCUAACUUUGAUCUUUCCGAUGACUCUAAGCCGUUACACGUACACGCGGAGAAUGAAUUGAAAUUGCUGAGCGGUGAUCAGAUACACACUUGGUCCGUUUCUGCUACCCCCGUUGGUGUUUUGCAGGACGAAAGGAACAGUACAGCAGAGUUCAUUGUGAAGUCACACAUUCUGGCUGGGAAGUUUGAUUUGGUGGCGCAGAAAAACGAUGUCUUCGAGGAUUUUGCUUGGCUCACAAAGGGUGAGGUUAGUGAAUACGUACCAAAAGAAUACUUUAACAAAACCGGAUUCCUUUUAGCGGAUAAUUGA